AUGUGCGCAACUUUGGAGCAACUCGAAAUGUACAACUCAAAACUAUACUUUUGUAUUCUAAUUAUCAAUCUAUUUACAAUUGCCACCUCAUUAAUUGCAAUUAUUUUGGCAUUUCGAAAAUUAUAUCAGGAUUCGGAAUCGGUGAUGAAUUUUCCAACCAGGAUUUUUUUGGGGCUUAUUUUGGUGUAUGUUUUUAUGCACCAGUUGGCGUUUUUUGUGCUCAGGGUGAGUUUGCGAGCGCGGAAGCGCGAGUGUAGACCGCAAGCUUCCGCGCAGCGGCCAGUUCCUCUGCGUCUCUAACUUUCUAGCUGUCUGAUUCAAACUUCCGCCCUUUUAUCCCUUUCUCUGAGUCUCUAACUGUCUAGUUGUCUGAUUCAAGCUUUUAUCCCUUUCUCUGCGUCUCUAACUGUCUAGCUGUCUGAUUCAAACUUUUAUCCCUUUCUCUGCGUCUCUAACUUUCUAGCUGUCUGAUUCAAGCUUUUAUCCCUUUCUCUGCGUCUCUAACUUUCUAGCUGUCUGAUUCAAGCUUUUAUCCCUUUUUCUGCGUCUCUAACUUUCUAGCUGUCUGAUUCAAGCUUUUAUCCCUUUCUCUGCGUCUCUAACUGUCUAGUUGUCUGAUUCAAGUCUCAGGUCUCUAUUCACUUUCUCUGCGUCUCUAACUGUCUAGCUGUCUGACUUCUCUGUGUCUCUCAAAAAUUUUUGAGAUUGCUCAGGUUAAACUAAUUUUUCAUCCAGCUCCAAAUAAUCUACCAAUUCUUCAACAUCCUCUCCGAUCCUUGUAAAUCAACCUACACCGUCCAGGAAUGUUCAAUAAUAACCUAUGGCUUAAUCACUGGAAACACCGGAAUAAUUUUCAUCGAAUCAGCAAUGACAAUCGACAGAUUCAUCGCAACAAUCUUCAAAAAAUUCUACGAGAAAUUCAAAAAUCAAAUUUUGUUAAUUCUAGUCGCAAUCGCUAUUAUUUUCGACCUAAUUCUAAUUAAUUAUAUAUUAUCUGGAAUUAAUUAUGAGGAGCAAAUAAUUAAUUGCGGAUCUUUGCCAAGUGAAAGUGUUUCAAGAUUUGCGAAAUAUUUAGAAGUCUCCUUUUAUUUAUCGAUUUUUCUGAUUUUCAUGAAUUUUCUAUUGCUUUUUGUGAAUUCAAGAUCGGAGAAGAAGAUCAGGUGAGAUAAUAUUUUUAUUUUAAUAUGAGCAAUCCAAACAACCUUCUUAAGAUCUUUAAGAUCUUCCUACAACGUAAAUCAACGUUUCCAAUCAGUCGAAUCACUUCGCUCCAGUCAAGCUAUUUUUGUGGUUAUUAUGGUGCAAUUUCUGUCGAUGUUAUUAUACUCAAUUUUCACGAGCUUUUAUUUAUAUAUUCAUGACAAAAUUUCAACCCUGAAUUAUGGAAUUUUGUUGUCGAUUAGCUAUGUGAGUUUUUUUCUGUUUUUUUUACUAAUUGUUAAGAAUUUAAUUAUAGCUCUGAAAAAUGGGGAGUUCUGAAAAUGCACUUUUUUAGAAUAACAUGAUGAUAAAAAAUGUUCAAAAUAUAAAAUUCCACUGUUUCAAAAAUUUUAAAUAAGGUUUUUAUGGAAAAUCAGAGUUUGAUCAGCUUUAAAUUUUUUUCGGAAAACUUCAUGAGAAAUGAUAAUGAGAACAUUUUUUGGAAGGAAACAUUUCACUGUUUCAAAAAUUAUAGAACAUGAUAAUAUUGUUUUUAUAAACCCAAUUUUGUCGUCAAUAAGAUAUAUGUUUCAACGUUUGCCACGUGGAUUUUCAGCAGACGAAUGUGCUGAAAUUUUAAAGCAAAAAUUAUUUCACUGUUUCAUAGUGUUUUGAUAAUAUUCAUCAGGGAAUUUAGGGGAAAUUUUUAUAAAAAAUUUAGAAUUUUUAUCAUCUAAAUUUUUUACUGUUUCAAAAAUUUUUGAAAAUAUUUUGUGGGAAUUUAGUUUUGAUAAUUGCUUUAUACCCGAAUCUAAUAUUUUCUCUAUUUUUUCAUUUUCCUGGGAAAAAUUCCUUUAAAAAUUCACUGUUUCAAAAAUUCUAAUUCAAACCUUUUGACAAUUUCAUUUUUAAUAUGCUAACCACAUCAAUAUUGUUUCAAAAUAUCUCAAAAAAAUGUUUGCCACAUGGAUUUUCAAUGGACAAAUUUGGAUAGAUUAUCAUUAAAGUUUCAUUAUUUCCUGAAAUUCAGAUCACAAAAAAAAUUUCCAAAUUUCAAAGAAAAAAUUAUCUAGAGUUUUCACUGUUUUAAAAAUUGUUGAAAAUCUGGGGAUUUAUUGUUAGUUUUGCUGUCUCGAGUGAACUUUAGUUAUGAAAAAUACCAAAAAACUCUAAAUUUUCCCUAAAAAUCUUCCAGACUCCAAUCUACUCAUCGCUCAUCGUCCCAUUGCUCAUAAUCCGAAUGAUCCAUCACAUCAAACAAAAUCGCGCCUCAAAAAUCAAAACCAUGACAACAAAACACGAAUCCCAGGAAGAGCAUAUGAGAAAAAUGAGAGAAUUGUGGAACAAGUAA